GUUACUGAUAGUUCUGUUAUCGUUUGACAAAUAUGUUGUUAAUUCGGGGAUUGAACUUUCUUUCAUCCCUGUAAAUGAAAUUCUUUUAUGUUAUAGUAUAGAAUGCCCCUAACUGAUAUAAGAAAUAUGGGUAUAGAAUGUACAUUUUGUGUUCGCUUAUGUAAAUGGUUUCCUGUAGCCUUUAUCACAAAUAUAGUUGGAUGGUCCUAUUAUGCAUAUGUAGUUCAAUUAUGUCUCUUUGCAGUUGAAAGUGUAGUUGAAAAAGUUUUCUACUUAAUAUUAUACCAUGCUAUUUUUGCCAUGUUUCUUUGGUCAUAUUGGCAAACAAUUUUCACAAAUAUUGGAACUGUGCCUAGACAAUUUAAACUACCACCUGCAGAAGCAUUAAAAUUAGAACGGGACCAAAGUGAAGAUAAUCAACGUAGAAUGUUGGAGAGCUUUGCAAAAGAUCUCCCUGUAUCCUGUCGCACCAUGAAUGGAUCUAUUAGGUAUUGUGAAAAAUGUUGUAAUAUAAAACCUGAUCGAGCUCAUCACUGCUCAGUAUGUGGAGUGUGUGUGUUGAAGAUGGACCAUCAUUGUCCAUGGGUUAAUAAUUGUGUGUCUUUUACAAACUACAAAUAUUUCAUUCUUUUCCUGGGAUAUGCUUUGCUGUAUUGUUUAUUUAUAUCUGCUACAUCACUUCAGUAUUUCAUCAAAUUAUGGACAAAUAAUCUAGAAGGACCAGGACGAUUUCAUAUACUAGUUUUAUUCUUUAUUGCUGUAAUGUUUGCUGUCAGCUUAGUAUCUUUGUUUGGUUACCACUGCUACUUGGUAUCUGUCAACAGAUCCACAUUAGAAUCAUUCAGACCACCAAUUUUCAGAACUGGUCCAGAUAAGGAUGGUUUUAGCUUGGGACGAAAAGCUAAUUUUACUGAAAUAUUUGGUUCAGAUAAAUCAAAAUGGUUUAUCCCUGUUCAAUCCAGCUUGGGUAAUGGUGUCGUCUUUCCCACUCGUACACAAGCAGGCAACUCCUAUAAUUCCAUGGGCAACACUAAUCCUACCAGUCAUGGAGAUGGUAUAAGUUUUCCACAGAAAACUAUUGAUGAAGUUGAAGGUGGUUUAUUAGAUAAAAGAACAAAUUGGGUCGAUGAUGAAAGUGAUGAUGCAGGGAAAGUAACUUUUGGAAAAAUAUAUGAAUCUGAUAAAGUGUGUUAUGAAGUAAUUAGUACAAAGGCAUAAGGACAACUAAGGAACAUAGGGCCUAAUGAUGUCUAGCCUCAAGAUCUAGUAUUGCAUCUGACAUCAAACUUCUAGGCCAGUGAUUAGUGUCUUCAUCUAUUCUUGCACAAGUCAUCUCUUACCAUUUAAAAAGGUUUCCAAGAUCAUUGCUGAAUCUGAGUUUAUUUCGUUAAAUGUGUGCACACGAGCAUAUUCUAAGCAUAUAUAUCUAAUUGUCUCAUUUAUGAAUGGAUAUUAAGACAAUUUUCUUUUCAAUCUUUUUAAUGAGCAUUUAUAUCGAUUGAUUCGGAGGGAGGUGUACUUCUAAUUUGUUAAAUAACUAUAUGUGAUCUUAUUUUAUUUUUUCACCGAUUUUUUUCAGUACUUGAUUUUAUAUAUUUGCUUUUCGAUAGCAAACCCUAAUACUCUUUGAAAUGUGAAUCGUUUUGUUAAUUCAUUUGUUAACUAUUUUUCAUCAGAUAUUUAUGCUGAAAAUACCUACUUGCAUUUUAAUUUUAUUUUUCGUAGAAAAUUAAAAUCAUUUAACCAAUGUCUCCAAAUUGUUAAAACAAUUUCUAAGCUCAUUAUGUGCUGGAGACUAAUUAUAAAUACCCUAACUAGGGAUUGCAAUACCGGGUUACCGAAUACCGGUAUUUUGAGUCAUUUGUACAAUUUUGUAAUACCGGUAUUCACAAGUUAAAAUACCGGUUUUUCGGUAUUUACUAGAAAUUUUUAAAAUUGUCUCCACUAUAUGUUCAGGCAUCGCCAACACAACAUAGCAAAAUAGUAUACGUUUUUGUUUUUAUGUCUGCCUAUCGGGCGAAAUUAUUUAACUAAUUAGUGGCUUAAUUAAUUGCUUAAAUCUAAAUUAGCGAAACAUGGAUUAUCCCUGAAAGAAGAAAUUGUAUCCAUAAUGACUGAUGGAGCAACAGUUAUGAAAAUAGUUGGAAAGUUGAUUGGUGCAAAUCAGCAAUUGUGCUAUGCUCAUGGAAUUCAGUUAGGAGUAAUAGAUGUAUUAUACCAAAAAAAAAGAACAGAAGAAUCCAAAUACUGUGGAUAUAGAAACUUCGGAUUCCAACUUUGAAGAGAGUAAGAGUGAGAGUGAUAUUGACAAUGAAGAUAAUGACAAUGUAAUUGUUGAAGAAGAUAUUGCUAAUGAGGAUGAAAUAUUAACCCAUCAAGAAUUGCUUCCUAUAAUUUAUAAAUUUCGAAAAAUUGUUAAGAUAUUUAAAUGUUUCCCUAUAAAAGAUGACAUAUUACUAAAAUACAUAUUAACUGAAAAUAAAACAGAAUAUAUGUUAAUAUUAGAUUUUAAAACUCGUUAGAACCGUUUACUACUAACAGCACACAUCACACUAGAACAGCACACAUCACUAUCUGAAAAUUAUAUAUUAUAUUGAAAAAUCGCACAGAAGAAAGGCAUAUCGAAAUAGAAAAUGUCUUAUUGUAUUUACAUAAUUAUAAUGAUUUUAAAAAUGAAAAUGAAAAAGAAUAGUAAAUAACCAAUUCAAAUCUGAUUAAGUUUAUAGUAAAUUUUCUUAAAACUUUUUACCCACAAACCUAUCCACAUUCAAAAGAAUUCUAUUCAGUUAUCGAAGAUAAUGAUGACACUAAUGUCGAUAGUGAAAAGGAAUUGUUUCUUGAACAAAAAUUAGAAUUAGCGAUAAAUAAGAAAAUUUCAACGAACCAAAAUACAAUACAGAAAUCAGCUGCAUCCAAAACCAUCCGAUAAGAAAUAGAUUUAUUUGAAGAUGAGAGAUUUAGAGGUAAAUACUUGGAAAAGGUAUAUCGCGCAUUGCUAACAAUACCACUAACUAUCGUAGAUGCCGAAAGAGCGUUUUCAACAGCUGGUAAUUUUUGCACAAAAUUACUUUUCAGGCUUAAUGACAGUGCAAUUGAUGCAUUAUGUUUUUUAAGAUCACAUUUCAAAAAUUUGUAUUAGUACCACAGACUGAAUAGUGAUAUUUACAAAUUUUUGUGAUUUAAAUAAAUAAGUUGUCCCUUUACUUUUUUUGUGAUUCUUUAUAUACUGUUAUAAGUUACUGAUUAUUUUUUGGGAUAUUUACCCUUUCUAAUAAAACUGGCAGAUAAAAUAAAGAAACACCUGUGUUUUCUUUCAUUUUCUAAAAUUUCUAAUACUAGUAUUAAAACCGGUAUCCCGGUAUUAAGAUCUAAAAAAUACCGAAUACCAUUAUUGAAAUUUUGGUCCGGUAUUGCAGUCCCUAACCCUAACCUUUGUAAACUUAAUCGUUGUUUCUAGUUGCAUUAUGAGAAAUAUAUUUCUAAAUGGACUUCUAGUUUUGAGUUGCAGUCUCCCACAUACAGUUUGUUGUAAUAUUGACUCAUUUGUAAUAAGCUUUUUAGUACCUGUUGAUGUCUUGCAUUAUUUUAUAAUCUUUUUUCAUGAAUCUUCAUUUGUUUCAAUGCAACUUAUAUGAAAUAAUCAAUUUUCAUAUUUGGAUUUGUUAACCCUUUCUAGGGCCGUGGGAAGUAUGCUUCCCACCAAAUUUAUCAAUCUUUGUAUGAAAUUAUGUAGGUUGGCGUAAGUUCUGACAAAUUUUUUUAGUAAGUCAGAAACUUAGAUGCUUCAGUUCUUUAUCUCAGACAAAAUAAUAUAUCUUGAUUUGUUACUUAAUUAUUAAUUAACCAAGUUGUUUAAUUAAUCAAAUUAAAUUUAUCUAAUAAGCCAAAUGAAUCCCUUUUCUUAUUCUAAUUUCAAGCCUAAAAAUAUUUUAACAUAAUAUGACUAGAAAAAAAUGGCCCUUUAAAGUUCAAUCAGAGAUUUCGAUGAAAAGAAAAAAAAAAUUAUUUAGUUGUUGAAUAUUUUGCAGUUAAUAAAUUUGGUUGUGAACAUAAAUAUAUCUUCGUUAUGAAUUUUCAAUAUAUUUAGUGUGUGUAUAUCACAAUUUAAGUAAUCUAAAUAUGCUUUUAACAUUAGUGAGAUGUUACAUUUUAAAACAUUUAUAUGACUGUCUUUAUGUAGUAUAUCUGUAGAACAAUGUUUCGUUUCAUUUAAUUAAAAUGUAAGAAAUUUUUUCAUGCUUAAAUUAUUAUUUUGCAUUGAACAUGUUAUUCUGUUACUUUUUGUAUUUAUAUAUACAUAUAUUUUAUA